AUUCAGAAACUGGAAGUCGAAUAAGGAGUUGUAUGAACGCUUUCGUAAACUUCACGAAACAGGUCCGACCUCAUUACAAGUCAAAGUACCCAGAGGAGCCUUUCUAUGGGAUUACGAGACGGAUCGCUCACCAUUGGUCAACUUUAUCUGCGAACGAAAAGGGGAAAUAUUCGUCGGUGACAUCUGAACCAAGAUGUUGUAACCGUAAUAAUGAGUCACUACUGAAUGCCGGAUCAAGACAUGCUGAUGUCGGUGUUGAGCCUGGUCUUGAUGAAUCACUUCCGGGAUCCGAGAUAAGGCAUAGGAACGUUAUUUCUGAACCGAAUCAUUAUGUUGCUGAAGUGAAGUCAAUGAUCAGUACAGAUCUAAGGCAGGAUACGAAUGGUAAAAUGUUAAGUGUUGAAACUUCUGAUAUGCAUGAAUGGAUCGGCAAAAGACAUUCGUCAAAACCUGCAAUCUUAAAUCGGUAUUCCACUCCCUCUGAAUUAUGUAACGAGCGCCUGACUACAUCUGUCAGUAAUGUGAGGCGGAUCCGUCAUGAAUCGCCAGUUGAUAAUUCUUUAUCACAUGAUGCUACAAAAGUCGAUGUCUUUUCUUGGGCACACGAGAAGAUUUUAUCUGCUGAUCAAAAUAGUGUAGACUCUCAGGCUAAUUACUUGAUAGUAAAUUCAACAGACAAUUCACCACUACCCUCUUUAUCAGAUUACGUGGCGUCCUAUCAUAGUGAUUCAACACUCAAAACUGACCGGGCUAGUCAUCAUGAAAGGUCAUUCGAUCACAAGGAAUGCUUAGAAUCAAGAGUUAUUUCUUCUGGCAUACCCGUUGUCCCAGCAUCAUCUAUCACAUCAAUUUCUUUAGUUGGAGAGAAAACUGGCGGAACAACUUGUACAAACGCGCAAGUGAGUAUCAACACAUCUAGUAAUAGCGGCUCUGCACAUUUGCCACAGUUCCCAAACUCUGAAGACUGCAACUCUAAUCACUACCGUGUUACUGCUCCUGAUGGUAUUAAACAAAAGCAAACUAACUCCAGUGAUGAAACCAAUGGUUUAAACACAAUUGUAACUAAUAAACGUAAACGUAAACAGACAGUACAUUUUUCGUGUGAUGAUAUCGUUACAAAGAAAAGACUGAACAAAUGUAAAACAUUCAAUAGACAAUCAAAGAAAAAAAGGAGAAGAGGAAGAAAAGAAGUAGCGAUGUACACAUCAAAAGUAAGACAUUCGUCACCAAGGUCUUUCAGGGCUCGCUCCGCGCUCGGAACAAGUCAGGAAAGACUAAUGACCGGAUCGAUGAUAUUCAGGUCAGGGAUCACGGUCAGAUAUAGAAAAAUACUGCCGAAAGCCCCCGAGUGUAACACCGACAUUAUCAACACACUUUAACAAAAUUUCAAUUGAACCUACCUCAAACAAUGGGACAAAUUUUACAGAACAACAGUGCAACAAACGAUGAAAUAGGACAGCAUAACCUCGUUAUUCUUCCCUGUGAAGAGACGACGUCUCCUGUAAGAGAAAAUUUGGCAACUUUGAAAGAGGGCCAGAUAAGAAAAUUCAUGCAUUUGUCACGUCCAAAGGACGACGUCUUCUCAUCGGCCAAGGGGUAUAGGCUCGAGACUGAGAAUAUUAAAGAGUCCCAGCAAGAUCAAUUAGCAAACCUUUCUGCCAUAGAAGGUCAGGGUCGGAUUAGAGAAUUCGUGCAUUUGUCGCGACCAAAAGACGAAGUCUUCUCGUCGGUCAAGCGGUAUAGGUUAGAGACUGAAAAUCUUAAAUAUCAACUAGAAGACCGUGCUGCCACGGAGGUUAACGUUGGAUGCAGAAACAUUCCGGAUACGAGAAUAACGAGAAAACGAGAAUCGAGCAUUAAAGAACAUAUAAACAAAACUUGUGUUUCGAAAGAAAGCAAAUCAACAGUGACUUUGAACGACAUAAAGAGAAGCUAUAAUGUUGUUUUAAACAGGUGGACGGACUGGGAAACACCGCCAAUCAAAAUGAACGUCCCAAGUACACUUCGGAAUAAAUCCCCCGUACCAAAUCUAGUGUCUGUAUUUUCUCUUGUACCAGAAGUUAGCGAUCGGAAAGAGGAUGGUACAAUCGGCAACAGCAGCGACGAUAUGGACCUCCUGGCGGGAGGGUGUGACUCCCCGAUGUGGUUAUCAUCAGAAAGCAGUGGAGCAGACAGUCCAACAUGUGUUGAUGAUACAGGUUUGACGGACAAUGCACUUGCAGGCUGCACUGAAGAAGACAGACCUCCAGAUAAUUUGAAGAAGUGCCGGGAAGAAUACGUUACCAGUGUUGAUGGGGAAUAUUUGUCGGACAGAUUACAUCAUCAGCUGAAGACAGGAUAUCGCAAUGGACCGCCAUCGGAUAACACGAUCAUCAGAAAUGUGUCUAAUACUGCCACCAAUGGACAAGGGGCAUACCUCUUGUCUGAUGACGUCAUAGCAAUGCGACAUUUCUAUCACUGUUAGUACAGAAUACUAGUUACUUAAAUUUAAAUGUUCAGCAUUAUUUGGUAUCAUAUUAUCUAUGAGACUAAAGAACAAUAAGAGCUGUUGCUUACAUUACAGGUUUACGCAGUACACGUUAUUUCUUACAGUUUGAAAUGUAUCGCUUGUUGGACAUAUAGCCAGUUGUCUGGAAAUAGCGCGCGUACAUUGUACGUCUGAAGCUUGUUAGACUCAUUACCAGUUCACUAGAAAUAGAGCGCGAACCUAUCAUGUUUUAUUAGACGUACAGGUAUUGCCUGUUCACUAGAAAAAUGCACAUACUCACCAAGCUUGUCCGACACACAGAGGUGACAAAAUAUAGCGCGUUGCCUCUUUAGGUUGGUUGGUUGUACAUAUUACCAAUUCACUAUGGAAAUAGCGCUCGUAUUUUUCGUACAGCGCACGCGUACCUCUCAAGGAUUUUGGACGGAGUACCAGUUCACUAGAAAUAGAGCACGCAUACAGGUACCUUUCAUGGUUUGAACAUAUUACCAGUUCACUAGAAAUAGGGCCCGCGUACCUCUUAAGGUUUUAUCGACGUAUUAUGUAUCGGUUCAUCAGAGAUAGCGUGCGCGUGUAAUCAGUUCACUAAGUAUAGAUCAUUUGUCUGAUUUGGUGUCCAAGAUACGGAUAACAUUAAGAAAUUGGAUUCAUUUUAUAAAAUCAUAUUACUUGUUUAUGUGUUUUUUUUCCAAUUAUGGUGAAGCACUUUACCUUAAGGUACUUAAAGCUAGGUUGCUUAUAUGGGUUUACAUAUCUAGCAACAAAAACAAGACCUGUGUUUAUCCCUAUUUUAGUGAUUUUCCAAGAAACAUCACUAAUAUGUGUUCAUGUCAUAUCUUUAUAAGUUUAUAUUUAUACUUGUCAUGUUUUGUCACUAUUCAAUAAUGUAUUUGUUUACCAUUAUUGCAUGGAAACAUCGACCUUUGAACUUGUGUAUGAAAAUGUUACAGUAUAGACACAUGGCAUUGUUUAUAAACAUUUUAACUCUCAAACACAGUGGUCUUUUCCUAAUUAGAUACAAAAUGAUAUGUUAGAUCAGAAUAAAUGUAAUAAUGAUGAUUUCACACGUGAAAACAGAACUAUUUGUCACCGUGUAGUUUCAACUUGAAGUGAACAGUUAUCAUUAGCUGUUCUAAAUGCUUUAGUUCCUCCCACCAGUAACCGACAUUUACGGGAUUAAAUGAGAAUUGAUUAACAUAACAAAACACAAUAAAAAGUCACAUAAGUGUAAAUAUACUGAUUGGAUUUCUGUGAAAUCCCAUCCCUAUACACACAUAAAUGUGUACAUAUAUCCAGAUGUUUUAUAUACAUGUUUUGUUCUUAUACGCACUUUAUACUUUCUAUUAUAAUCUAAACAGUUACUUUGUGAUUUAACUACGGCAGAAGUUGAUGUUAGCCGGCCCAUAUCAGAUUUUUAAAAGGCCGGUAAAAUAAGCAGAAGGUACCAUGUUUGUGAUGUUGAGAUAGACAGGAUUGUACUCUUAUCGAGAUAAAAGGACAUAUCGCAACGACGCUCUCAAUCUAAAAUGCCGACUUGUGAAGAUAUUUGUGUAGAUUGUCUGUAUCGGAUUUGGAACUUGUUACUAGAUGCAUGAUGGAAUCGUCCGCAAAUAGCUGACAUUAGGUUUUAUAUUGUAUGUGAUACCAUUGAUGUAAAUAAGAAAGAGACGUCGACCGAUUUGAUAUUCACAGAUUCUGAUUUAUGACGAUUAAACUCUCAAUCCAUG